CAAAAACAAACGGUAAGCAAAUAAACAAAUUCUCCCACGAUCGGACGACAUUUUUUGUGUCCCGGCCCGUUGACGGUACACCACCACAGCUAGCCAUCGCACCGUGGCCAACGCUUCACCGAAGAACGAAUCCCGAAGCUACCGCUCUUUGCAAUCGUUAUCAGCCACAAAAAAACACACGAACAAAGGACGCUGAAAGAGGCGAUAAUUCGAAUGACAGCAUAGCACGCCCCGAACGCAACGGCGCCGAUCUCUUCGAUCAGAUCACAGUAGACAUCGUUACGUAAAAGCAAUUCUCACGACGUCGGAGCGAAUCGCAGAAUGGAUUCGAUCGGUGUGGCACUGCAACCGUACAAGGACACGGUGGGCCUGACGGCGGCCAUCGUGACGGUGGUGCAGUUCUUCGGUGGAGUGUUGGCCAUCAACGAAAUCCGGCGCCGUGGCAGCACCGCCGGUUUCUCGGUGGAGCCCUUCCUCGGCGGUACCGCCUUCUGUCUGCUGAACGUCCAAUUUGGUCAGAUGCUGCGCGACGAUGGCAUGAUACGGGUUAACUUUAUCGGUCUCGUGCUCCACAUCGGGUACGUAUGUGCUUUUUACCUGUACACCGACGGUCCCCGGAAAGGUGCCGUUUGGGGCCGGAUCGGACUGGCGGGCGCUUUGACGGUGGGCGUGCUAUCGUACGUGCAGUACGAGGAUCCGAAGGUGGUCGAGUUCCGGUUCGGUAUGAUUCUGACUGCCCUGCUGUGGACACUGGUCGGCAUGCCGUUGCUUGGAUUGGGUGAAAUCCUGAAGAACAAAAGCACCGCCGGACUGCCACUGCCAAUGAUCCUGCUCGGAUCGAUCGUUUCAUUUAUGUGGCUGCUUUACGGCAUCAUUCUACGGAGCAACUUUUUGGUGGUUCAAAAUCUCGUCGCACUGGCGCUGUGCGCGGUUCAAUUGUCCCUGUUCAUCAUCUUCCCGGCGGAAUCGCUCAAACCUCCGCCAAGUCCGGCAAAAAAACUCAACUAAGCUUCGAUCGGUUGGUGAUACAGGGAACCGGAACGGGGAAAGGAUUUUUCGCUACUUCGUGAACCAGUUACGAUGAUAGAGAGAAAGAGAUAUAGAGAGAUAACGGAUAAGAGAAUGAGAAAGAGAGAUAGAGAGGGAGUAGUCGAAAAUUAUACGAGGAACGGUAAGGACAAUAACAGAAUGAACAAAAACAUUCUUCGCUAAGUCUUGGUUAGCUACGUUGAACGAAUUCCGCAGUUUUAUGAAAUUCAAAGACAAUAAAAACGCAACAAUAAUGUUUCGUAAUUUAGGGAUAACGAAAAAGCACAAUAUACUGUUACAAAGUAUGGUAACAAUAAGUGAUAAUUCUUGCGAGAAAGCGGACAUUUACGUCAUGCUUCGAGAGUAAACAGUACACACCACUUGUUAACGUUUUAACGGUUACUAAUAAACUAAAUCUAGUUAUGGGCAAGUUCAAACCUUCGAAAGGGCCGAUCGGGUUCCUGUUCUCUUUUUCCGAAACUGCCGGUUUCCUCUUUCAACCGGGUUCCGGUAUGUUAUAAACUAGAUUCCCAUUAGCAGCGGACACGUUACGGUACGGCAAACAUUGAAUGGGCCCUCGAAAUCAAAAUUUUAAAUAAGUAGACUUAUGAGACAGACACGUUCUUAGAAACCUUAUGAAUCUAUUUUUGUCAAUAGUUGUUAGACCUUUUCGUUGAUUGAUGGAUGAUUCAAAUUUAAGGAAGAU